AUGGCAACAACUGCCAUAGGUAAGGUAGAUCCAUACGAUGAUACCACAGAACCGUGGGAAUCGUACAUUGAGAGGGUCGAACAAUAUUUCAUAGCGAACGGCGUGAAAGAUGAAGUGAAGGUAGCCUCGUUGGUCAGCCUCCUGGGUGCGAAAACAUAUGGUCUACUAAAAAACUUAGUUACCCCGCAAAAACCCAAAGACAAAACGUAUGCUGAAAUCGUCACGCUACUAAGUAAUCACCUCAACCCCAAACCAUCCGAAAUAGUUGAAAGAUUCCGGUUCCAUAAACGGGAACAAAACUCGGGCGAGAGUGUUAUGGACUAUAUUGCCGAGCUCAGGAAACUGUCUAUUCAUUGUAAUUUUGGGGAUACCCUAGACACUACCUUACGUGAUCGCUUCGUGUGUGGUAUAAACAAAGAGAACAUUCAGCGCCGCUUAUUAGCUGAAACGGAUUUGACAUUGGAUAAAGCCCUAAAAACAGCGGUGGCAAUGGAGACAGCCGGCCGCGAUGCUGUUGAACUACAAGGUCAGAGAGGUCGCACGGAAAGUGUAAACAAAGUAUCAAAUUACCGCGGUGCAAACAGUAAACAUAAGAGAAGGGGAAGUAACUCCUCCAACCCUAGCCAGCACAACCAACACAAAUCAAGUACAAAUAAAUUCAAGGGAAAGUGUUUUAGAUGUGGAAGGGAUCAUCAAGGAACGAAUUGUGCACACAGAGACAGCACAUGCUUUUACUGCUCCAAAAAGGGUCACAUCGAGUCGGUUUGUCUGAAAAAGAAACGCGACAAAGAAAAGGGUGUUAAGUGUGUACAAUUAGAGGAAACUUAUGAUGACCUUGAUCCAAUAUAUCAUAUCACAAGUUUUUGUGUGAACAGUGUCAACACUAAAUCAGUGGAACCUAUCAUCAUUAGCCCUACCCUUAAUGGUAAAUCAGUUGCCAUGGAGCUAGACACGGGAUCAGCUGUUACAAUCAUUCCGAAAUCAAAACUAGAUGAACAUUUCUCAGCAUACAGCCUGAAGGAUACAAAUGUGAGACUCAAAACCUACUCUGGAGAACAGAUCAGACCGCUUGGUACUGUCAAGUUUAAUGUUAACCUACAUGAUCAGACAAAACAACUGGAUGUUUAUGCUGUGGCACAAAAUGGCCCUACAUUAUUUGGACGUGACUGGUUGAAACAACUCAAACUGGAUUGGCACGAGGUCAAGAUUAACUGGGUCAAGUCUAAUCCUACUUUGGACACCAAUACUCAGUUGAAGUCCAUGCUAAAAAACUAUUCGGAAAUAUUUUCUGAAGGAAUAGGGAAACUGAAAGGUACUGUGGCUAAACUAUCACUUGUCGACAACACACACCCAAAAUUUGUCAAGGCAAGACAAGUACCAUAUGCGUUGAAACCAAAAGUAGAGGAGGAACUUGAACGUCUUCAAAACGAAGGGAUUAUCUCCCCUAUCGAGUUUUCAGAUUGGGCAACCCCAAUUGUACCAGUAGUAAAGUCAAGUGGUCGGAUCAGGGUCUGUGGGGAUUACAAAGUGACACUAAACCCUGUUAUGAACAUUGAACAGUACCCUCUCCCCAGGAUAGAAGAUAUAUUCGCAUCUUUAUCUGGUGGAAAGAAGUUCACAAAAAUAGACUUAACACAGGCCUACUUACAAAUGGAAGUUGACAACACUACCAGUGAAUUACUCACAAUAAAUACUCACAAGGGACUAUUCCGAUACAACAGAUUGCCAUUCGGAAUAGCCUCUGCACCCGCAAUCUGGCAAAGAGCUAUGGACCAGUUACUCCAAGACAUUCCAUACACAAACUGUAUCCUGGACGACAUGAUCAUCACAGGGAGAAAUGAUAAUGAAAAGGGACUACACAAAUCUGCGGACAAAGUGAAAGCUGUGGUAGAUGCUCCACGACCUGAGAACGUAUCACAAGUUAGGUCGUUUCUUGGACUUGUUAACUACUACCACCGGUUCAUACCUAACCUAGCAACCAUCAUUGCCCCAUUGAACAAUCUCCUUGGAAACGACGCUGAUGGAUGGAAAUGGUCAGAACAGUGUGAGGAAGCUUUCACUAAGGUUAAGGAACUUAUCGUGUCAGAUGAAGUACUUUGUCAUUAUGACCCUGACUUGCCUGUCCGUCUGGCAAGCGACGCUUCACCUUAUGGCCUUGGAUGUGUCUUAUCACAUGUAUUCAAGAAUGGGUCCGAACGUCCGAUCGCCUUUGCAUCAAGGUCACUGUCAAAAAGUGAACGUGCGUAUUCUCAGAUUGAUAAAGAGGCAUUAGGAAUCUUUUGGAGUGUGCAGAAAUUCCACACCUACCUCUAUGGUCGACACUUUACACUCAUCACUGACCAUAAACCUCUAGUAAGAAUAUUUCACCCUGAAAAAUCCGUACCAACAAUGACCGCGUCACGUCUCCAAAGAUACGCUAUUUACUUAGCUGGACAUAAUUACGAGAUUAUAUAUCGAAACACACAUGACCAUGGCAACGCCGACGCACUUUCUCGUCUACCACUGACGUCACAAAAAGAGGAACCUCCAGACCCUGACGCAAUCUUCUAUACAACACAAGUUGAGAAACUACCCGUCUCUGAAACACAGAUUCGUCGAGAUACCAGCCGUCAUCCUAUCUUAUCUCAGGUACUAGACUUGGUAAAUCAAGGUCAAUCGUUACCCGAAAGUGAGUCAUUCAAACCUUACAAAAACAGACAACAAGAACUUACCUCACACCAAGGUUGCCUUAUGUUUGGCAAUAGAGUCGUUAUACCCCCCUCACUUCGUGACAAGGUCCUUGCGGAACUCCAUGAGGGGCAUGCAGGAAUUGUGCGGACUAAAUCAUUAGCCAGAUCUUAUGUUUGGUGGCCUGGCAUUGACUCUGAUAUCGAAAACCAGUGUGCUACGUGCUCCGAGUGCCAGCAUCACUUAGCGAAACCAAAAACAGCACCAGUACAUCCCUGGGACUUCCCAUCAUCACCAUGGGAACGGUUACAUGCAGAUUUUGCCGGACCUUUUAAAGGACAUAUGUACUUAAUACUGGUUGAUGCUCAUUCGAAAUGGCCAGAAGUUGUCAGAAUGGCCUCUACAACAUCUAGUCACACUAUUGAUGUCUUACGGAACACCUUUGCACGAUACGGUUUACCAAAACAGUUGGUGACUGAUAAUGGACCUCAGUUUGUUUCUGAAGAGUUUAAAGAUUUCCUACAGGGAAAUGGUAUCAAACACAUUACCUCUUCACCUUAUCAUCCCCGUACCAACGGACUUGCCGAACGAUUUGUGCAAAGCUUCAAAAACGCUAUGAGGAAGGAAGGAAAACCCUUACACCAACGACUUAGCACGUUUCUGUGUCUCUACAGAAAUACUCCACAUACCACUACAGGUGAGACCCCUGCCAAACUCUUGCUUGGUAGAAAUCUUCGUACCCGACUGGACAUACUUAAGCCGGAUAUGACACAGCGUGUGGAAAGGAACCAGGAAAAGAUGAAACUUUCCAAACAUACAGGAAGUGAAGUCCGAAACUUCACUACAGGACAAACAGUCAUGGUCCAGGACUACCGUGGAAAUCUACCAUGGGUCCGUGCCACAAUCCAUUCUCAACUGGGCCCGCUCUCAUAUAAAGUGGAGACCGUAGAAGGAUCAAUAUGGCGUCGACAUGUCGAUCAAAUGCGAUCUACCUCGGUACAAUGUCGUGAAGAAAUGUCUCGCAUGGAUUACCCGAUCGUGACACAGAGUACUACUACUAGUGUACCCAUGAGUGUAGAGAGUCCAACACAGAUCUCUGCUAAGAAUACGGAAACUACUAGUACUGUGGACCCAACCCCAGUAAAGGCGCGUGUUACUAACAGGGAACCCUUGGAGACGAAGCCUCAGCAGGCACCCAGGUAUCCGACAAGGGAGCGGCGAGCACCAAAGAGACUAGACCUAUAA